UGAACGUCAAAACAGUUUUUCUCCUCAGCCGGAGGGACGAUGGCACCGGCUUCGCUCCUCUUUUUCUGCCCGUUCCUUCUGUUUUGCCUCGCCUCGGCCGGGCCGGGCAAGGCGGCCGUGCUGGACGUGGGAGACGCAGCAGCUCGAGAGGCGGCGCGCUUCGCCUUGGCCGAAGCCACUCAGACGGGUCGCGUCUGGACGCUGAGAGGAGUCAAGACCCAGGUUGUGAACGGCAUCAAGUACUACCUGGAUGUGACCCUGCUGAAGAAUCUGUGCACUGGAACUCAGGCUGAGGCCCAAGAUGUUUCUGGUUGCAUCACUCCGGGAGAGCCUAAACAAAUUGCAUGUUACUUUGAGGUCUGGAGUCAACCAUGGGCGAACAAGAAGAAACUGGUGAAACAAGAGUGCCGUCCUGCUGAGCCAUUUGAGGUAGUCCAGACGGUAAAACUAGAACACUGGGAGGUGUUUCAUCCCAAGGCACCUGCACUGGAAGCUGAGGAGCCAUUCCAGGAGAAGAGGUUUCUGCAGAAUGCCUCCAUCCAGCUGGUUUCCCUGUUCAAGGACUUCCUGACCACCUACAAGAGGAGCUACAAGAACCAAAGAGAAACUGAAAGGCGCUUCCAGAUCUUUGCCGAGAACCUGAAGAAGGCCCAAGUCAUUCAAGAGCUGGAUCGGGGCACAGCAGAAUACGGGGUCACCAAAUUCAGUGACUUGACAGAGGAGGAGUUCCGUACUACCUACUUGAACCCAUUAUUGGCCAAGAUGCCACGCCGCCCAAUGAAACCGGCCACGGUCCCCAGUGACGCAGCCCCUAGCACGUGGGACUGGAGGGAUCAUGGGGCUGUCACGGAUGUGAAGAACCAGGGUGACUGUGGAUCCUGCUGGGCCUUCUCUGCGACAGGCAAUGUGGAAGGCCAGUGGUUCCUUCGCACGGGCUCCCUGGUUUCUCUCUCUGAGCAAGAGCUUGUGGACUGCGAUUCUCUAGACGAAGCCUGCGGCGGAGGGCUGCCGUCCAAUGCUUACGAGGCCAUUGAGAGACUGGGUGGCCUAGAGACAGAAGGUGACUACAGCUAUGAGGGUUACGCGCAGAAGUGUGGCUUCUCAAAGGACAAGGUGGCCGUUUACAUCAAUAGCUCCGUGGAGCUCUCCCGGGACGAGAACGAAAUUGCUACCUGGCUGGCCACGAACGGCCCUGUCUCCAUCGCGCUGAACGCUUUUGGCAUGCAGUUCUACAGGAGAGGUGUCUCCCACCCCUUCAUAUUGUUCUGCAAUCCCUGGAUGAUUGACCACGCAGUCCUCCUGGUGGGCUAUGGCUCACGUGGCCGCCUUCCCUACUGGGCUAUCAAGAACAGCUGGGGCAAGGACUGGGGAGAGCAGGGCUACUAUUACCUGUACCGGGGCAGUCGAGCCUGUGGCAUGAAUACGAUGUGCACCUCCGCCGUGGUGCAUUAGGUGCCUCUCUGCCUCCUCCGUGUCUGAAUCCUCUCCUCUGCCAACUCUUCCCGUGGGCACCGGGGCAUCUUCCCUGAUCCAGUUAUUCCAGCGACAGAUUUCCCACCACCUUUCCAAAAUGGGCCCGAUGUCUGGCCUGAUGCACGCUGGGAAGAUCUUGUCCCUCCCCCCCCGCCCGAGAUGUGCCAGCCACAGUUCCCUUGCGGAGAUGAGGGGGCAACAUUCCUCAUGGUGCAGAACCUUAAUCCCUCCUGAGCAGCUGAGAGGGUUCUGGCAAAACUGGUAUUAGGUCAAUGAGAGCCCCCCCCUCCCCCGGCAGCUGGAGUAGAUUCCUCUCUGGUGUGCGUGUGAAGGGUGACUUUUGAUGUAUGGAAGGAAGGACACGAAUGGUUCUCUGCAUAUAUGGUGGUGAACGGGACUUUCUCCUUGCAGGUAGCAGGCCUUCCGCUAGUCCACGUUCUGCCUCCUCCCCCCCCCCCUUCCCCAUUUCCAUUUUAUUUAUUUGGAGGCAGAAAGAUUUAAGAAUUGACCGAAGGGAAUCUAGUUCAGGAGGGGACUGAGUUUCCACGAACUCAAAACCUUCGAUAUUGCUUCUUAACACUUGGGAAGCCUCUUGCUCCCAGGCAGUCCUAGGAGUUUACGUAUUGGGGCUUGGAAAGACUUUGGCCCGAGUCUUGGGAGAGCCUCUCAGUGUAAGUAGUGCUGGGCCAGAUGGGCUUCAAGACGCCGCAGCCUCAGCUGUAGGCUUCAUAACAUCUAACCUGGCUGCUCUGAGAGCCUCACCUGGCCCUCUGUUGCUGCCCGACUUGAUAGAUUCCCUGUUCUUGCUGUGUAAAUAAGCGUGAAAGUGAAUAUUCCUUCAGUUAUAGAGUUGAAGGGGGGACAAGUUCUGGCACCACUCCCUUCUGUACCAAACACUACACUGUGGAGAAAUGGUGAGAUCUGUCACCUUCCACCCCCAACUGUCUCUUUUUCCUCUGGAUCGCAGCACUGAAAGGCAGGGUCCCCUAUUCUGUUAUUAAGGGGAUGGCCCUGUUCCCGUUAGGUCAGACCAAUACGGUCCUUGGAAAGACUUGGUGGAAAGGUCAUAGGAACAUGGAGUCAUGGAGACUCCGUUUCCACCGUCGGCUCCUCCUCCUAAUACACUGGGAAGAAAUGCCUGUAGUAUUAAGAGUCCAAUCUCUUCCUCCCCCCCACCCCCGAUCAUGCUUCUUUCCAUGUGUGCUCUGCAGGCCCAGUAUUAACAUGCAACUGGCGGCAGGUUGGUCAGUAAGGAACUGUAAGAGCACGAGAGCCGGGAAGUUCCCCUCUCAUACCAGGUUUGGUCUUCAUCACGGCCAACCCUGAGCACUGCUUCAGCUGCAGCAGUGCACGCUUCUGGCCCCCGCCCCCCCAUGUUUGGUGUCCGUUUUUUAAAGUAAACAUGGCUCCACCGGACUGUGGAGUCUUUUUCAAGUGGCUGCACUAACUUUUCCGUUUCUAUAUAUUUAAAAAAAGUGUUAUGGAAGCUACAUGUUACAGAGGGUGGGCGUAAAGUGUUUCCCGCCUUGGUCUUUGCUUGAGUUUAGAGAGCGAAAGAUCCCUCUGCUUCAAUGGAUAUCCCUUCAGAGGUUGAAGCCUGUUACUUUUUUUUUUUAAAUACCUAACUGAUCUUGGUGCUGAAGUGGCUAGGUCCUGGACUAGAAGAGGACUGUUUUGAGAAACUCGCUGCCUGAUGCUGUGGAUCUAGUCUGUUCAGAGCCACGGCAUUUUGUCUUCUGAAGUUCCACUUUAAUAAA